AUAUGUUGGUGUCGCGAGCCCUUAUCGUCCAUUUGCGCCCAAACACUCGACAACAGCCCUUUUCUCGCAAAAUCUUCAAACCAUUACACUUCUGCAAUUUCACAAAUUCUCACUUCAUUUCUUGGACUUACAACUGAAAAAUUCAAACAGACCUCAAAAGUGGGAUAAAAUUCAUAUAACUCAAUUUUUGUUGAAUUAAAUCCCUAUUUUAUUUUUCCUAAAAUUUUGAAGCGUUCAUGAGGAAAUGUGCACUCCUUGCCUGACGGAGCAACGCAUUCUCCCUAAAUAGCUGCAGAGCUGUUGGGCGAUUUAAAAUUUUCACGGUUUUCUUUCGGUUUUGCAUGAUCUCACUCUUUGCGUUACUCUUGCAAAUUGAUAAAACUCUCCAUUCUGUCUGGUUUGCAAGAUCAUGAUUCUAUCUUUACUUUUCUUCUUUGGUCUCUUCUGGCAUAGCUGAUUCACUUUCAGCAGUCUGCCUAGAGACACUCUAGCCAGGCAGACUUUGUGCAGCAAAAUAUGGGUAGUAGUUUUAAUACACAGAUUUUGAGUGAUAAGCUGGUGAAGCUCAACAGUUCGCAGCAGAGCAUUGAGACUCUCUCGCAUUGGUGCAUUUUUCACAUGAAUAAUGCUAAACAAGUUGUUGAAACAUGGGACAGGCAGUUUCAUUGCUCUCCUCAUGAGCAGCGACUGGCCUUUUUGUAUCUUGCAAAUGACAUUAUUCAGAAUAGCAGGCGAAAAGGUGCAGAGUUUGUUACUGAGUUUUGGAAGGUUCUUCCAGAUGCUCUUCGUGAUGUAAUUGAACAUGGGGAUGAGUUUGGAAAGAAUGCGGCAUUCCGCCUGAUUGGUAUUUGGGAGGAGAGGAAAGUAUUUGGCUCCAGAGGGCAACUUCUUAAGGAAGAGUUCACGAAAAACCAACUCGACAAUGAUAAUAAAAAUGGGAAGCAUGUUGGGUUCAAACUGAAACCUACUGCUGGAAACACAUUGGACAAGAUAGUUUCAGGUUAUCAAGUUGUCUAUGGUGGUCAACUGAAUGAAGAUGCUGUUUUGAACAACUGUAGCAACGCCAUCAGCUUUAUUGAGAAAAUAGAAAAGGAUAUUGGAAGUGAAAACAGAUCAGGCCAUCCAAAUCAAUCUGGCAUCAUGGAUGAGCUGAAGGGGAAGCAUGCAAUAUUGAGGGACUGUAUUCAGCAGCUAACAGUUGUUGAAUCUUCAAGGACAAAGCUCGUGUCUCUUUUGCGAGAAGCUCUGCAGGAGCAGGAAUAUAAGUUGGAUCAAGUCCGCAAUCAACUUCAGGCUGCACAGGCUCACACAGAACAGGCAGGCAAUAUUUUCCAGCAGGAAGUUGAUGGCAAAGGUGAUGAACCAAGUCUAGCUAAGCAGAGUCGAAAGGAAACUCAAACCAGUCAAAUGUCUCACGACUUUAUGUCGGGAACUAGAGAACAAUCAGCUCCUAUAAUGUACACACGGCAGGUGCCUUUUACUGAGAAAUCUGGCCACACUGAAGAUCCUAAAUCUGCAGCAGCUGCAGUGGCAGCAAAGCUUACUGCAUCAACAUCUUCGGCUGAGAUGCUGACAUAUGUCCUCUCUUCCUUGGCAUCGGAGGGUGUCAUAAGCAAUCAAAUAAAAGAAUUGCCUGGUGAUUAUUCCUCGGAAAAGAGGGCUAAGAUUGAAAAUGACCAUGCAGCUUAUGUUCCUCAGAAUCCCCAGGCACCUGUUCCGCCUUAUUCUCACCAUGCCUCGAUACAGCACACUUUGCCAGCCCCAUCUCAGGAGUCAAACCUUGACAAUUCCCCUCCUCCUCCACCAUCGUCCCCACCUCCAUUACCACCUCUACCACCUAUGCAGCCAUAUCCUAUUCCCCAAUAUAUGCCAUCUGCUGGCCCGGUUCCUAAUGUACCAUAUGGCUAUAACAGCAGCCAGCACCCGGCACCCCUACCUGGUUAUCCUACAGCUGGGCCCUUCGGAGUUCAUCCACCGAAUGCUUACCAGAUUUAUCCAACUGAAGGUGGUUUGUAUGGGCAGCAAUCAUCCUUGCCCACACCUGUCUCCCGCCAGUAGAAUUUGUGGUUAAUUUGUUGCCCGACAGGUGAAUUGCAUUUUAACGAUGGCAGUUAGACUUAUCGCUCUUUAUUUUCCUUUUUUGUUCGGAGUUCUCUAAGAAUAGUUUCACACACACACAUAAUUAGGUGGUGUGUAUUGUAGAUGUUUGUAACUUGUGAUUUUUUAUCUCAACAUAUUUGUUUACAUGAAGUUGGGAUAAGUCUCUGUGAGUUUCUUAUGGAAGAUAAUGAGUUAAAAUGAUCAUAAGAUAUGGUUUUUGCU